AAAAAGAUGCCUAAGCUCCUACAAAGCAUGGUCACUGUCAUCGAUGUCUUCUAUGAAUAUGCCAGCCAAGAUAAGGAGUGUGACAUGUUAAAGAAGGAUGAAAUGAAGGCACUUUUGGAAAAUGAGUUUCAUCAAAUUCUGAAGAAUCCAGAUGAUCCAGACACCGUAGACAUCAUCAUGCAAAGCCUGGAUCGAGACCAUAACAAGAAAGUGGAUUUUACUGAGUAUCUUCUGAUGAUAUUCAAGCUGGCACAGGCUUGUAAUAAAAUUGUCAGCAAAGAUUACUGCCAAGCUUCAGGGUCAAAGCAGAGAGACCACAGUCAUUGGCACCAAGAGGAACAGAGUGAAACAGAAGAUGAGGACAAAACACAAAGAAGGUCUUCCACUCAUUCAAGUUGUAAUGCAGGAGAGAGUGAUUCCUAUUCCAGGGGCUCCAGAGGGAUCACUAAACACAGGCCUGGAUCCAGCUGUGGAAGAAAGGAGCAGCAAAGAGACCGGUCUAGUUCUGGGAACAGGCAAAGCUCUGGGGAAAGGAGAGAGUCAAGCUCAGGACGCCUCAAGGAUAAGAAAAACAAACAUGGCUCUCAUCAGCAAGCAUCUACUCAUUAUAGCAACUGUAAAAAAAGAUCAAACUCAGCAAAUCAGUCAGAGAGUAGUGGAGAAGAAAGGAAUGCAUACUCUUCAGAGGAUCAGUCUUAUAGUUCUGACCAAUACUGUUCUGAUUCAAAUGAAUCCUCACGGAAUAGACAACAUAAGAAGAAAUCGAAACAAUCCCCUCGUAGGCAGCAUCAUGGAUUCAGCUCAGGCAGUUGUGAAGGACAAGACGACUGGUCAAGUUCAAAUGAAACUACUGGUUGUGGUCAUGGCCAUGGCUCGGGUCAGUCCUCUAGUUCUGAUGAACAUGGGCCUGGCUCAGGUCAGUGUUCUAGCUGUGUCCAACAGGGAUCCAGCUCUGGUCAGUCUUCUGGCUAUGGUCAACAUGAGUCAAGUCAGUCUUCAAGUCGUACGCAACGUGGGUCUAGUUCAGGUCAGUCUUCUAGCUGUGGCCAACAUGGAUCAGGAUCAGGUCAGUCCUCCACUUACGGAAAACAUGGUUCUGGAUCAGGUCAAUCUUCGAGCUGUGGCCAUGGACAACAGGGGUCAACUCAGUCUUCUACCCAUACACAACAUGGCUCCAGCUCAAUUCAGUCUCCUAGCCCUGUUCAAUAUGGGUCUGGAUUAGGCAAGACCUCUAGUUCUACUUCAGAACAGUCAUCAAGCUGUGGCAAACAUGGAUCCAGCUCUGGACAGACUUCAAGCUAUGGACAACAUGGGUCAAGUCAGACUUCUAGCCACAGACAACAAGGCUCUCACUCAGGAGAGUACUCAAGCUCAAGUGAACAUGAUUCAGCAGCAGAUCAGUCAUCUACCUCUGGUCAACAUAUGUCAGGCUCAGGUCAAUCUUCCAGUUGUGGCCAGCAUGGACCAAUCCAAAGUCAGUCUUCUGGCUAUGGACAACGUGGGCCAAGUCAAUCCUCUAGUGAUAGAAAACAUGGCUCUAGCUCAGGUCAGUCUUCUACCUCUGGCCAAUAUGGGUCUGGAUCCAGCCAUUCUUCCACUUAUGGGCAACAUGGUUCUACAACAGGAAAGCCAUCAAGCUGUGGCCAACACGGCUCUAACUCAGGUCAGUCAGCUAGCUCUACCCAAAAUGGGUCCGGAUCGGGGCAGAGUUCUACAUGUGGCAAACAUGGACAUAACUCUGGUCAGUUUUCUGGCUAUGGUCAACAUGAAUCAAGUCAGUCUUCGAAUCUUGGGCAAGCUGGGUCUAGUUCAGGUCAGUCUUCUAGCUGUGGCCAACAUGGCUCUGGAUCAGGUCAGUCAUCCACUUAUGGACAACACAGUUCUAGAUCAGGUCAAUCUUCUAGCUGUGGCCAACAUGAAUCUAGCUCUGGUCAGUCUUCUGGCUACGGUCAACAUGGGGCCACUCAGGCUUCUAGACAUAGACAACAGAAUUCUGGCUCAGGUCAGUCCUCCACCUCUGGGCAACAUGGGUCUCACUCAGGUCAGUUAUCUACCUGUGGGCAACAUGGAUCCAGCUCUGGUCAACAGACCAGCUCUGGUCAGUCAUCUGGCUAUGGUCAACAUGAGUCCAGUCAGUCUUCGACUCAUAGGCGACGUGGGUCUAGUACAGGUCAGUCUUCGAGCUGUGGCCAAAAUGCUUCUGGAUCAGGUCAGUCCUCCACUUAUGGACAUGGUUCUGGAUCAGGUCAGUCUUCCAGCUGUGGCCAACAGGGAUCUAACUCUGGUCAGACCUCUGGCUAUGGUCAACAUGAGUCAAGCCAGUCUUCAAGUCACAGGCGACGUGGGUCUAGUUCAGGCCAGUCUUCUAGCUGUGGCCAGCACAGUUCUAGAUCAGGUGAGUCCUCAAAUUAUGGACAACAUGGUUCUGGAUCAGGUCAGUCUUCUAGCUGUGGCCAACAUGGAUCUACCUCUGGUCAGACUUCUGGCUAUGGUCAACAUGAGUCAAGCCAGUCUUCGAGUCACAGGCGACAUGGGUCUAGUUCAGGCCAGUCUUCUAGCUGUGGCCAGCAUAGUUCUGGAUCAGGUCAAUCCUCCACUUAUGGACAACAUGGUUCUGGAUCAGGUCAGUGUUCCAGCUGUGGCCAACAGGGAUCCAGCUCUGGUCAGUCUUCUGGCUAUGGUCAACAUGAGUCAAGUCAGUCUUCGAGCCAUAGGCGACGUGGGUCUAGUUCAGGUCAGUCUUCUACUGGUGGCCAACCUGCUUCUGGAUCAGGUCAGUCCUCAACUUAUGGACAACAUGGUUCUGGAUCAGGUCAGUCUUCUAGCUGUGGCCAACACGGAUCUAGCUCUGGUCAGUCUUCUGGCUAUGGAAAACAGAGGUCCUCCCAAUCAUCUAGCCAUAGACAACAAAGCUCCGGUUCAGGUCAGUCCUCAAGCUCUGGCCAACAUGGGUCUGGAUCUGGUCAGUCUUCCAGCUGUGGCCAACAAGGAUCCAGCUCUGGUCAGUCUUCUGGCUAUGGUCAACAUGAGUCAAGUCAGUCUUCAAGUCAUAGGCGACGUGGGUCUAGUUCAGGUCAGUCUUCUAGCGGUGGCCAACAUGCUUCUGGAUCAGGUCAGUCCUCAACUUAUGGACAACAUGGUUCUGGAACAGGUCAGUCUUCUAGCUGUGGCCAACAUGGAUCUAGCUCUGGUCAGUCUUCUGGCUAUGAAAAACAGAGGUCCACCCAAUCAUCUAGCCGUAGACAACAAAGCUCUGGUUCAGGUCAAUCCUCAAGCUCUGGCCGACAUGGUUCUGGAUCUGGUCAGUCUUCUAGCUGUGGCCAACAGGGAUCCAGCUCUGGUCAGUCUCCUGGCUAUGGUCAACAUGAGUCAAGUCAUUCUUCAAGUCAUAGGCGACGUGGGUCUAGUUCAAGUCAGUCUUCUAGCGGUGGCCAACAUGCUUCUGGAUCAGGUCAUUCCUCAAAUUAUGGACAACAUGGUUCUGGAUCAGGUCAGUCUUCUAGCUGUGGCCAACAUGGAUCUAGCUCUAGUCAGUCUUCUGGCUAUGAAAAACAGAGGUCCACCCAAUCACCUAGCCAUAGACAACAAAGCUCCGGUUCAGGUCAAUCCUCAAGCUCUGGUCGACAUGGUUCUGGAUCUGGUCAGUCUUCUAGCUGUGGCCAACAGGGAUCCAGCUCUGGUCAGUCUUCUGGCUAUGGUCAACAUGAGUCAAGUCAGUCUUCAAGUCGUACGCGACGUGGGUCUAGUUCAGGUCAGUCUUCUAGCGGUGGCCAACAUGCUUCUGGAUCAGGUCAGUCCCCAACUUAUGGGCAACAUGGUUCUGGAUCAGGUCAGUCUUCUAGCUGUGGCCAACAUGGAUCUACCUCUGGUCAGUCUUCUGGCUAUGGAAAACAGAGGUCCUCCCAAUCAUCUAGCCAUAGACAACAAAGCUCCGGUUCAGGUCAGUCCUCAAGCUCUGGCCGACAUGGGUCUGGAUCUGGUCAGUCUUCCAGCUGUGGCCAACAGGGAUCCAGCUCUGGUCAGUCUUCUGGCUAUGGUCAACAUGAGUCAAGUCAGUCUUCAAGUCAUAGGCGACGUGGGUCUAGUUCAGGUCAGUCUUCUAGCGGUGGCCAACAUGCUUCUGGAUCACGUCAGUCCUCCACUUAUGGACAACAUGGUUCUGUAUCAGGUCAGUCCUCUAGCUGUGGCCAACAUGGGUCUGGCUCUGGUCAGUUUUCUAGCUGUGGCCAACAUGGAUCCAGCUCUGGUCAGUCUUCUGGCUAUGGUCAACAUGAGUCAAGUCAGUCUUCAAGUCAUACGCGACGUGGGUCUAGUUCAGGUCAGUCUUCUAGUGGUGGCCAACAUGCUUCUGGAUCAGGUCAGUCCCCAACUUAUGGGCAACAUGGUUCUGGAUCAGGUCAGUCUUCUAGCUGUGGCCAAAAUGGAUCUAGCUCUGGUCAGUCUUCUGGCUAUGGAAAACAGAGGUCCUCCCAAUCAUCUAGCCAUAGACAACAAAGCUCCGGUUCAGGUCAGUCCUCAAGCUCUGGCCGACAUGGGUCUGGAUCUGGUCAGUCUUCCAGCUGUGGCCAACAGGGAUCCAGCUCUGGUCAGUCUUCUGGCUAUGGUCAACAUGAGUCAAGUCAGUCUUCAAGUCAUAGGCGAUGUGGGUCUAGUUCAGGUCAGUCUUCUAGCGGUGGCCAACAUGCUUCUGGAUCAGGUCAGUCCUCCACUUAUGGACAACGUGGUUCUGUAUCAGGUCAGUCCUCUAGCUGUGGCCAACAUGGGUCUGGCUCUGGUCAGUUUUCUAGCUGUGGCCAACAUGGAUCCAGCUCUGGUCAGACUUCUGGCUAUGGUCAACAUGAGACCUUUCAGUCUUCGAGUCACAGGCAACAUGGGUCUAGUUCAGGUCAGUCUUCCAGCAGAGGCAAACAUGGUUCUGGAUCAGGUCAGUCUUCUAGCUGUGGCCAACAGGGCUCUAGCUUUGGUCAGUCUUCUGGCUAUGGACAACACGGGUCCACUGAGUCUUCGAGCCAAGGACAAUAUGGCUCUGCUUCAGGUCAUUCCUCCAGCUCCAGACUACAUGGGUCUGGAUUGAACCCAUCCUCUAGUUCUACUUCAGGACAGUCAUCAAGCUGUGGCCAACAAGGAUCUAGCUCAGAUCAGUCUCCUAGCCAUGGACAAUAUGGUUCUGCCUCCAGUCAGUCCUCUUGCUCUGGCCCACAUAAAUCUAGCUCAGGUCAGCGUUCUAGCUCUGGCCAAUGUGGAUCUAGCUCUGGUCAGUCGUCUGGCUAUGGACAAGCUGGGUCCACUCAGUCUUCUAGCCAUAGACAACAAGGCACUGGUUCAGGUCAAACCUCAAGCUCUGGCAAACUUGGUUCUGGGUCUAGACGGUCCUCUAGUUAUGGGCAACAUGGUUCUACUUCAGGACAGUCAUCAAGUUGUGGACAACAUGGAUCUAGCUCUGGUCAGUCUGGUUAUGGUCAACGUGGCUCAAGUCAGUCUUCCAGCCAUCAACAACAUGGCUCUGGCUCUGGCCCGUGUUCAAGCUGUGGCCACUAUGGGUCUGGAUCCGGUCAGUCCUCCAGCUCUGGACAACAUGGAUCUAGCUCAGGUCAGUCUACUUAUGGUCAACAUGGCUCUGUCAACGUGGCUCCAGAUCUCGUCAGAAUUCUGGCUCUGACCAGUCUGGAUCUGGCUCAUGUCGUUCAUCUUGCUCUGAACAAGGUGGUUAUGGAUCUGAUCAAUCUUCUAGUUAUGACAAACAAAAAUGCCAAGGGAGAAGUAGGUCAAGUUCAAGUGGAACUCAUGAUGAGUACAGUAGACCCAGAAGGGGCUCAACCCCCAAUCAAUCAAGGAGAAGUAGCCAGGAGUGGUCAGGGUACAGUCAAAAUGAAAGAAGUGGCACUGACAGCCUUUCAGGUAGUGAGUCUGAUGGAUGUGAGAGUACCAAUAGACCGUCAAGAACAUGGAGUCAAGGAAGUCAAGGAAGCAGUCAGGAUCAGUGGGAAUCUGGCUGUAGCCAGUCAAAGAUCUACAUCCAACACUACCACUACACUAAUUCGCAAGGAAGAUAAUUUACAAGGUAGCUACAGUUAUCAGAGUGGAGGAGACAGCACCCUGGAAGCUGCUUCAGUCUACAUCCUGCUUGUCUCUCAGGCCACUAGCAUGGUCACUGUCAUCGACCUCUUCUACGAAUAUGCCAGCCAGGAUGGAGAGUGUGGCAUGUUACAGAAGGAAGAAAUGAAGGCACUUUUGGAAAAUGAGUUUCAUCAAAUUAUGAAGAAUCCAGAUGAUCCAGACACUGUAGACAUCAUCAUGCAAAGCCUGGAUCGAGACCGUAACAACAAAGUGGACUUUACUGAGUAUCUUCUGAUGAUAUUCAAGCUGGCACAGGCUUGUAAUAAUAUCAUCAGCAAAGAUUGCUGCCAAGCUCCAGGGUCAAAACAGAGACACCACAGUCACUGGCAGCAAGGGGAACAGAGUGAAACAGAAGAUGAGGACAAAACACAAAGAAGGUCUUCCACUCAUUCAAGUUGUAAUACAGGAGAGAGUGAUUCCUAUUCCAGGGGCUGCAGAGGGAUCACUAAACACAGGCCUGGAUCCAGCUGUGGAAGAAAGGAGCAGCAAAGAGACCGGUCUAGUUCUGGGAACAGGCAAAGCUCUGGGGAAAGGAGAGAGUCAAGCUCAGGACACCUCAAGGAUAGUAGGAAAAACAAACAUGGCUCUCAUCAGCAAGGGUCUAGGAGUGAAGGAGUUGGUUAUAAUCAUUCAAGCAACUGCAGAAAAAGAUCAAACUCAGCAAAUCAGUCAGAGAGUAGUGGAGAAGAAAGGAAUGCAUACCCUUCAGAGGAUCAGUCUUAUAGUUCCGACCAAUACUGUUCUGACUCAAAUGAAUCCUCACGGGAUAGACAACAUAAGAAGAAAUCAGGACAAUCCCCUUGUAGGCAGCAUCAUGGAUUUACCUCAGGGAGUUGUGGAGGACAAGACCACAGGUCAAGUUCAAAUGAAACUACCAGUUGUGGUCAGGGGUCUGGCUCAGGUCAGUCCUCUCAGAGACGGCCAAAGUCAAAUGCAGGAUCACAAUCAGGGAAAAGUGAAGAACAAGGAUACUGUUCGAGUUCUAGUGAGAGUUGUGGAAAACAUAGGCGUGAAUCCAGUUCAAAUAUGCAUUCAGGGAAUGGGGGGAAACAACAAGGAUCUGGCUCCUCCAAGUCCUCAAGUUGUGAACAAUAUGGGUCUCAUUCAGGUCAGUCAGCACACUACGGAUGUUCAAACUCCGGUCAUUCUUCCGGUCAGAAGCAACACACAUCCACUUCAAGUGCACAAUCAGGACUUAACAGACAGCAAAAAGAUGGUUGGGAAUCAAGACGGUGUUCAAGCUCUGAAGAAUAUGGGUCUGAAUCAGGCCAGUCCAUAAGCAGUGGCAAAAAUCAAUCAAGUGUCUACAAGCCCUCUACUCAGAAAAAACACAGCACAAGUACUACUCAUGGUGACCAAGAGUCUGGAUCUAGAACAUCUUCUAGCUGUGGCCAAUGUGGUUCUGGCUCCAGUCAUUCUAUGCAGAAACACCAUGAAUCCAACUCAGGUGGCCAAUCAACUGUGGAAAACAUGCAUCUGGGUCUGGUCAGUCUUCUGGCAAUGGACAACAUGGGUCCACUCAAGGACAACAAGGGUCUAGCUCAGGUCAGACAUCGACCUGUGGCCAAAAUGGAACUGCAUUAG